AUGAAGAUGGCGAGCAAGCUCAAAGUCUUGAAACUUUUAGGUGACCCCAUGAUCAAAAGUCCAGACUUGCCACGUUCUGGGAGUUUAGAGAUAUUGCAUCUGCAGAGUUUCAUCCUCCAUUGGUCAUCUGGAAUUGCGAAGUUGUUCAACCUAAAGGUGUUGCAUCUGCAGUUUUGCGAGGUAAGAGAUAUAUGGGGUGGAACCAUUGGGAUGUUGCUAGGGCUUCGGGAGCUCACUAUCUUCGAUCCAAAGAAUGAGAUGAAUCUGAGAGAAGCAUUUGCUGGUAUUGGGGAAUUGCAGUUUCUUGAAAUCUUGAGACUAGACGUAACAGAUGAUUUUCUACGGAGACCACUUGACGAGAGAUUGUUGUUGGGGGUUAAGCUCCACACAACGUUGAAGGUGCUACAAACUUCAUCUCCAGUUGCUAACCUACCAGAGCUGCUUGGCUUUGGAACUCUUGUAUCUUAUAACAAGUUAGAAACUUUGAUCAUAAGUGAGUGCUUUCUUCUCACGUCACUACCAUUUCACGACCUUGAUGAUGACUGUCGAUUAGGAUUGGUGGUACUCAACUCUCUGAGAUAUCUCCACAUCUUCGGAAAUACUCUGCUGCUGCAGGUUCUCUGCCGGAAGCUUCAGCUGUUAAUGUUCCCAUGUCUCACAAACUUGUAUCUCAGGGGAAUGGAUAAUGCAGACACGGAAUUAAGGCUGGACGGGCUUGAGUCUAUGGAAGAGUUGGUUCAACUGCAUUUGUCUUCCUUGCCCUCAAUAAGGAGACUACCUUCCCUGUCAAGGCUGGGAAAGUUGAAGGGGUUAACUGUUAGUUCUGUUCCUAAUCUGCGGGAGAUCGAGGGCCUUGCUGGUUUGAAGUCCUUGGAAGUCCUAGAUCUGAGUCACUGCACAUCUUUGGAAAGUUUGCCUGUGGACCAAUUAUCUGGUUUGUGGCGAUUGAGAUCAAAGGAUAUCAGUGAUUGCAAAAACUUGAUUGGUUGGUCUGGUCUAAGAGAACUGGCGCCAAAAGUACACAUACGGAGGUGA